UACAUGAAGUUGUUUGCUGAUUGUUUCUCUUUUCCCUAUAGGCGAACAUCAGUCCCCGGUAACCAGGCAUCCAUCAGGAGCAAGGUCCCUUUUAUUUUCUUCUCCUAGAGUUCUCCUGCCCAAAGCACUGGGUGCUGAUAUAUUCCGACUGCUUGGUCUAAGUCUCCAGAUUCUAGACCUACAAUUUAUCAAUGAACAUAGGGAACCACACAGUGGUGAGUGAAUUUGUGCUCCAGGGUUUUUCCAGCUUUCAUGAACACAAGCUCACCCUCUUUGUGGUAUUUCUGACCUUGUACCUUUUCACCUUGGCUGGCAAUGUCAUCAUUGUGACAAUUAUCAGCAUCGAUCGCCACCUUCACACCCCUAUGUACUUCUUUCUUGCCGUGCUUUCCACUUCAGAGACUGUGUACACCUUGGUCGUUGUACCUCGGAUGCUCUCCAGCCUCGUCGGCCUGAGCCAGCCCAUCUCCUUGGUUGGCUGUGCCACCCAGAUGUUCUUUUUUAUCACUCUGGCCAUUAACAACUGCUUUCUGCUCACAGCAAUGGGGUAUGAUCGCUAUGUGGCCAUCUGCAACCCCUUGAGGUACACGGUCAUCAUGAACAAGAGGGUCUGUGCCCAGCUGGGGUGGGGGGCCUGCAGCAUUGGCCUGCUUGUGGCCACAAUUCAGAUUUCCUCUGUGUUCAGGCUGCCCUUCUGUGAUAGAGAGGUGGCCCAUUAUUUCUGUGACAUCCGCCCAGUUAUGAAACUCUCCUGCGUGGACACUACUGUACAUGACAUAAUUAAUGUCAUUGUCAGCUCCCUCGUUAUUGUGGUGCCCAUGGGUCUGGUCUUCAUCUCCUAUGUCCUCAUUAUCUCCACCAUCCUCAAGAUCGCCUCUGCCGAGGGCCGGAAGAAAGCUUUUGCAACUUGUGCCUCCCACCUCACUGUGGUCGUUGUCCACUACGGCUGUGCCUCCAUUGCCUACCUCAAACCCAAGUCAGAGAACACCCAGGAUCAGGACCAGCUGAUCUCAGUGACCUACACUGUGUUCACUCCUCUCCUUAAUCCAGUGGUGUACACGCUAAGGAACAAAGAGGUCAAGGAUGCCCUUCUCCGUGCUAUUGGCAAAAAACCUCUUGGCUAGGAUCUUUGGUACUUUGAUAUAUAGCCUGUCAUACGUGGGGCACUUUUGUAAUUGCAAAGAAAUUUGAUCCUAUCAUUCAUCCUCUACCCAGAGAGAGUUGCAAAAUUUGGUGGUCAGCCUGCAGUAGAGAAUUUAGAGUUCCCUGACUUGAAUUUUGUUUUUAACCAUCCUCUUUGGGUAGCCUCUGUUAAUCUGAGCGGUUACUCUGAGGGACCUGAUUAGAUGCCACUCACAGGGGGAAAUAAUAAGCAAAUGGGUAGCUGACUGUUUCCACUAUGUUACUGGCAG